AUGGCUACAGACGUAAUCGAGCUCUCUGUACCCCUCCCCCGCUCUUUAGACACCCGCAUCUACCUCCGCCUUUCCACUAAAGCAAAGUCCAUUGUGCUAUUGCUCACAACAGCGACACAAGACGAGCUCGCCACUCCUGUCUCUAUGGGCUCUUUUGUCUAUGCCUUGCCCAACCGGCUUGACCAGGCACAGCCAUUAUCUACGACACUCUACUCUUCGGAGGCAUCGGUGGAGUUUACAACACGCUUGGCGAAGCUUUUGGCUCGAAAAUCACAACUCCCGGUGUACGUUACUAACUCGAUAAGUUUUGCUAAUGCGGGUAUGGGAGGCACGGUGGAAGAGGAGAUGGAGGCCUUCAAGACAAUUGUUCAGGUUGUGUCAGAGAGGCUACAGCUGUCGGGCCCCAAGCCAACUGCGGCCUGA